UUUGCCACUGGGGUUUUGCAGUCUCCUGAUUUCCUCUUGCCCCCCAAGGAGCCAGCAUGGGCAAUAUCCUUUGUAGUUUCAGAAGCAGGUCUGUUGCCCUGAAGGUCACAUUCUGAGCCGAGGAGUAUAAAGGUAACCACUUGUUUUUCCUUUUAAAGAUCUGCCCCAAAGAUAGGCUGUUGCUCUUCUGGAAAGCCUGAUCGGUAGGAUUCCUUCAGGGGCUCAGCCCAAAGUGCUUCCUCCCAUCCCCUCACCAACUUCAAAACCAAAGCUUGCCAAGAACCUCUGGAGGAAAACCUGCUGGAUUCCAUCAUUUCACACAAAUGGCUAAUCCUGGAGGUGGUGCUGUUUGCAAUGGAAAUCUGCACAAGCACGAGAAACAGAGCGACGGCUCACCCGGUGGAAACUGCGCAAAGAAUGGGAUAGUGAAAGAAGCCCAGCAAAAUGGGAGGCCACAUUUUUACAAGCCAAUUGUUGAAUCCUUUGAGGAAGCACCUCUUCACGUUAUGGUUUUCACUUACUUGGGAUAUGGACUUGGAACCCUAUUUGGCUAUCUCAGAGACUUUUUGAGGAGCUGCGGGAUAGAAAAGUGUAACGCAGCCAUAGAGCGAGAAGAACAAAAAGAUUUUGUGCCGCUUUAUCAAAACUUUGAGAAUUUUUACACACGGAACCUGUACAUGAGAAUCAGAGACAACUGGAACCGGCCCAUCUGCAGUGCCCCAGGGUCUCGGUUUGAUGUGAUGGAGAGGGUGUCGGAUGACUACAACUGGACAUUUAGGUUCACUGGAAGAAUCAUCAAAGAUGUCAUCAACAUGGGCUCAUAUAACUUCCUUGGCCUGGCUGCUAGUUACGAUGAAUCUAUGAGGACAGUAAAGGAAGUUUUAGAGGAGUAUGGCUUAGGUGUGGCCAGCACCAGACAUGAAAUGGGAACCUUGGAUAAGCAUGAAGAAUUGGAGAGCCUUGUGGCUAAGUUCCUGAAUGUAGAAGCAGCUAUGGUCUUUGGGAUGGGAUUUGCAACUAACUCAAUGAAUAUCCCUGCACUAGUCGGAAAGGGAUGCCUCAUUUUAAGUGAUGAGUUAAACCAUGCAUCUCUUGUACUUGGGGCCCGACUCUCAGGUGCAACCAUAAGGAUCUUCAAACACAACAACAUGCAAAGCCUAGAGAAGCUCCUGAGAGAUGCUGUAAUCUACGGCCAGCCUCGAAUCCGCAGAGCGUGGAAGAAGAUUCUCAUCCUAGUGGAGGGCAUCUACAGCAUGGAAGGUUCCAUCGUGGAUCUGCCCCAGAUCGUGGCUCUAAAGAAGAAGUACAAGGCUUACCUCUACAUAGAUGAAGCUCACAGUAUUGGGUCCGUGGGCCCAACCGGUCGGGGUGUUAUAGAAUUCUUUGGACUGGACCCUCGAGAUGUUGAUGUGUUUAUGGGCACAUUCACCAAAAGUUUUGGAGCUGCAGGAGGUUACAUAGCUGGAAGGAAGGACCUUGUGGAUUAUUUAAGAGUUCACUCACAUAGUGCUGUUUAUGCUACAUCCAUGAGCCCCCCAAUAGCUGAGCAAAUCAUCAGAUCAAUGAAAUUUAUCAUGGGACUGGAUGGUACCACGCAAGGGUUGCAGAGAGUACGGCAACUUGCAAAAAACACAAGAUACUUCAGACAGAGACUGAAUGAAAUGGGAUUCAUUAUCUAUGGCAAUGAGGAGUCUCCAGUCAUUCCCCUGCUCCUUUACAUGCCUGCUAAAGUAGCGGCUUUUGCAAGGCAUCUAUUAAACAGAAAAAUUGGGGUGGUGGUCGUUGGAUUUCCAGCUACUCCCCUCGCAGAAGCUCGGGCUCGGUUUUGUGUUUCAGCGGCACAUACCCGGGAGAUGCUAGACACGGUUUUGGAAAACCUGGAUGAAAUGGGCGAUCUUCUGCAACUGAAAUACUCUCGGCACAGGAAGUCAACACGCCCCGAACUCUACGACGAGACAAGCUUUGAACUGGAAGAUUAAGUUUCCUGGUCCUGAAUUUCACCUAAAGACUUUGCUCGAAAGACCCCUGUUUUGCCUCAAAAGGAAUAUAAAUGGAUUUCUUCCCCCUUUCUAAGGACAAUUUUGGUUUCCAAACCAGCUUAAUUGAACUGAAGGAAAGGUUGUGUUUUUAAUAUCUCCAGCUCGGGACUGCAGAGACAAAAAUAUGGUUCCAGAUUUUAACUUUCUCCUCUCCCAAAUAUCCUGCUACAAAUACACACACACACACACACGCACACACUUCCUAGAACAUUUUUAAUGGCAAUGAGCCUGUGUUUUAGCUGCUACUGUGCAGACUCUUUGGUCCAGACUCUUUCAGGCAUUCCAACCAAAGGAGAGGGCUUUGAUUUUUAAUUCAGUAGAUCUCCCUAUGUGUGUACUUAUUUCAUCCGCAGACAUGAGCAAAGGUGGUGGGCAGUAGCUGACCUUGUUUCACCCAUGAAUGGCCCAGCUAGAACUCCAGGCAGGAGAGUAAAGAAAUGUUGCUUCUACCAUUUGCCACAUUUGGACUUUUUCCAAGGACAAGUGUCAAAAGCCAUAGUUAAUGUUUGGAGGGAGAGAGAGGGACUGGCCAGCCAGUAACUCCAGACAUCUUUGAAGGAAACUUUCCUUUUCCUCUUCCUGGUCUCCUACAGUUUUACAGCUGAGCUUUUGAGGUUUGGAAAAGUCAAGACUUUUGUUUCAUAAGGAAGGGGGCAGAAAGCAAACACAAGCCAAUUGUAGGCCUAGACUCAAACUGUAAUGUUAUAACAACUGGAAGGCUGUUGGUGCCAUGUGGAGUGAAUGUUUAGUUUGCAUACAUAACCCUUAUUACUUUAAGGAAUGAGUUGUCAUUUUCCUAUUAAAAUUUGGGUAAUUGGUGAGAUGCAGUUUCCUUUAGAGUUGGCUCUCAAGACUAUACUUGAAUGUAUUAAUUCAAAAACGACAUUAAAAAGCAAAUUCUAUUUAA